UUUAAAUAAGCUAGACUUCUGUUGCUGUAAACAUUAAGAUGGCUAUACUGGUUUCCCUUUCCAUAUUUCUGCUGAAAAUUUUAACCGUUAUUGCAAAGCCAGAUCAACCCCAAACAUCUUUGAGAAGGCAAACUACUUUCGUCAAAGUAAACGGCUAUUAUGGAGGAGAAUCGUUGCCACCUGAACACAUUAUUGCCAGACAUGCUGUCUAUUCCCAAGUUGAGUGUUCCUUAAAGUGUCUCCAAGCAACGGAUUGUGUUGGUUACAACUACAGACUUAACGCUAAAAAAUAUGCAGAAAAUUGUCAAAUCAGCAAAUACAAAACUGUAAAAAGUGGCUCAGAAUAUCACAAAAUAGGAGAGUGGACAUUUUAUCAAGAUCUUGGAAAAACUUUGGAAAAAGAAAAUGAAAUUGAGAACGAGAAAGCAAGUGAUGCUACAAGUUCAGAAUAUCUUUACAAUACUAGUUCAUGUAAUGACUUGCGCAAAAAGGAUCCUCAGUUACAAAACGGAUACUAUAGAUUGAAAACCUUUCAGGCAUACUGUGACCUGUUAAAUGAUGGAUGGACACUAAUCGCUCGCUUUUCCAACAAUGAUUCGAAGAAUUGGAUAUUAAAUGGGAAAUUUUGGUAUGAUAGAAAUCAAUAUUUUGGAAAAUUCUUAAACCCAGCUGAAAAUAAUGACAUGAUUUCUGAAGCAUUCUGGAAAGUAAAAGCCAACGAAUUCAAGAUAACACGAAGUGAUGACUCCAGUCACACAGCUCUACUACAGACCACUUCCAAUUGUCUUCAAGGUGGGACAUUCAGGUCUAAAAUCACAAGUUAUGGAAACUUUCGUAAUGGUGCUGUCUGGGCAAGUGAUCAGUGUCGUGGAAAUUGUCCAGUUAUUUACGGCGGUCAGUACCAAACUACGGCAGGUUUUGAGAAGCACAGUUGUAACGGCAACAUUCAGAGUAGUAACUACAUUGGGUUUUGGUGUGAUUGGGAUAGUGGUGAUGGUGCGGUGAUGAUGAUUGGUGGUGGAGGAAAUGAUUGUGACAGAGCAGAUCAUGGUGUUGGAAUAACAGAGGAAGGUGCAGCAAAGUUUGGUGUGGGUGACACACAUCAUGAUUAUGGCAAUAUUGAUAAUUUUGUGUCCAAUGCCCCCACAUCAUAUUCGCUCAACCUUUGGGUUCGUUAGAAUACAUGAGUCAUGAGAUAAUUGAAAAUUAAUGGUCUGAGAUUGGAGAGUAACAAUUCAAUAGUAGCAAUUCAAUUAUAAGUCAGUAAAGUUGAAUCGACUUCAUGAACAUAGUGGAAAAAUAUAAUUUGUAGCUACUAUAUAUCAGAUAUCAAAGAUCAGCUUCAAGACCAGAAUCGUCCCAUUAG